AUGGAUGAUGUCCAUGAAGCAAGUGGCUCCUUUGCCAUCAAGCUAUUCAAAGUGUUGGGUGAAGAAGACAAGUCACACAAUGUAUUCUUCAGCCCCAUCAGCAUCUUCUCUUCCAUGUCCAUGGUAUAUCUGGGAACAAGAGGAAACACAGCAGCCCAGAUGUCCCAGGCACUUUGCCUGGACGGCGGUGGAGAUAUUCACCGUGGUUUCCAGGUAUUUCUCAGUGAUGCUAAGAAGACUGACCAUCAGAACUUGCUGAGAAUGGCCAACAGACUCUUUGGAGAAGAAACGUGCGAUUUCCUUUCAUCCUUUAAGGAGUCCUGUCAGAAGUUCUAUGAGGCGGGGCUGGAAGAGCUGUCCUUUGUCAGAGAGAGCGAAGACUGCAGGAAGCACAUCAAUGCCUGGGUCUCAGAGAAGACAGAAGGUAAGAUCUCGGAGGUGCUGGGUCCUGGGUCAGUCAGUUCCCAGACGAAGAUGGUCCUAGUGAAUGCAGUGUAUUUCAAAGGAAAGUGGAAGGAGCAGUUUGACAGAAAACACACAAGGGAUAUGCUCUUCAAAACGAAUCAGGAAAACAAAACAGUGAAGAUGAUGUUCAAGAAAGCUAAAUUUAAAAUGGGGGACAUACCUGAGCUUCACACUCAGGUCAUGCAGCUGCCCUACGUGGACGAGAUCCUGAGCAUGGUCAUUCUGCUACCCGAUGAGAACACUGACCUCGCAGUGGUGGAGGAAGCUCUUACAUACGAAAAGCUCAAAGCCUGGCUCAGUCCAGACAACCUGAUCCAAAGUAAAGUUCAAGUUUUCCUUCCCAGAUUAAAGAUGGAGGAGAACUAUGAGUUGAACUCUGUUCUCCAGGGUUUAGGAAUCACCGAUGCUUUCGAUGAAACUAAGGCUGACUUCUCAGGAAUGUCGGCGAAGAAGCAUGUGCCUCUGUCCAAGGUGGUCCACAAGUGCUUCGUGGAGGUCAACGAGGAGGGGACGGAGGCCGCGGCGGCCACGGCGGUGAUCAGGAACACCCGCUGCAGCAGAAUCGAGCCCACGUUUUGUGCGGACCACCCGUUUCUGUUCUUCAUCUGGAACCACGAGAGCAGCACCAUCUUGUUCUGCGGCCGCUUCUGUUCUCCCUGAGGGGAUGCCACCCUGGACCUGGUCCUGGGCGUUCCCUUUCAGCCUCGUGGUGCCCUCCUCACAGGCCACGUGGACAGAUGGGUGGGGUGUCUCGAGUGGCUAAAUAAAGUUCACGCACGUGGGUGGUUG